AUGGAUCGGCGUGGCUAUCCUCCUGGUCCGGCCGGUUGGGAUCCCAAUUCACCCAACCCACCACCCAUGGAUCAGCGAUACAAUCAGCCGCCGCCUUCACAGCACUACCCACCUCCGCAGCAGCAACAACCUCCUCCGCAGCAGCAGCAACCGCCGCCGCAGCAGCAGCAGCAGCAGCAACAGCCAUCUUAUCCUCCUUAUAGCCAGGGCCCGCCGCAGGCUCCGCCGUACAGCCAGGGUCCGCCUCCCCCCUACGGCGGAGGUCCCCCACCGGCUUCUUAUAACGAGCCGCCGCCACAGCCUUAUAACGCGCCGCCGCCGCAGUACCAGCCUUACGCCGGCGGUGCACCGUACGCCGGCGUGCCUCCUCCCCAGACGAGCUACAGCCCGCACCCACCCGCGUAUGGCGGGCCGGCACCCGGGUACCCCCCGCCGCAGCAGCAUCAGCAGCCGCCGCCGCAUCUCCCGCCGCAACAGCCGCCGUCGGGGUACGCCCCGCCGCCGUGGCAGGCGCAGGGACAGCCGCCACCUCAGGGGCAGUAUCCGCCAGCUCAGCAGAUGCCAGGUGGCAUGCGGCCUCCUGAGGGGCGACCCGAUCCGUCCGCGGCAGCCCCGUGGAAGCAACGUCAGCAGCAGCAGCCGGAGGAGGAGAGAGGGAGAGACAGGGACGAACGCGGUCGCGACCGUGACCGGGACCGCGACCGGGACCGGGAUCGCGACCGUGAUCGCGACCGUGAUCGGGAUCGCGAUGGUUCGUCGAAGCCGUCGCUGAAUCGCUACCCGCCGCCGCAGAGCUUAUACAGCGACCCGCUGAAGCCAGCACCUAGCUCGAUCUAUGAAGACGAGUCGCCGCGCAAAUCGAAGCCGAAGGUGGAGGUGGUCAUGGGUAAGGCCGCCGGUGCGGAUGCUACGACCGGAGCUGCCACGUCAGCCAUGUCUCAGAUCCUUGCUGCCAGAUCCGCCGUUUCUGCGCUUCUCGCGGCGACUAACCCGCAACUGGCGGCGGCGCAGCAGCGCGCCGCGGCAGUCUCCGCCGCGAUCACCGGAUCGACGGGAUCCGGCGGCACGAGCUCUGCCGCGGCGGCGAUUGCAGCGGCCGCCGCUGCAGCGAAGAACCCGCUGCUGGCGAGUAACCCGAUUCUCGCGGCGCAGGUUGCGGCGAUCGGCGGGUCGAACGCCGCGUCUGCCGCUGUAACGAAGGCCGCGUUACUGGCCGCCGCCGCGAACAGCGCGAAGCUGGGCGCCGUCAACCCGGGACUCGCGAUGGCCCUGGCUAUGGCUGCCGCGAAGCAGGCGGAAGCGGCGCGGGCGGAAGGGGUACCCGCGGAGGGGGACAAGGACAAGAAGGCGGAGGACCGCGCGGGAGAGAAGCGCCGGCGCUCCCGCUCGCGCUCGCGCUCCCCGUACUUCCGCCGGGGGAGGGGGAGGUCUUUGUCCCGCUCCCCUCCGAUCCGCCGCCGAUCCAGGUCCCCAGUCCGGGAGAGGAAGCCUGGGUCCGCGUCGCCCACGCGCAGGAGCCCGUCGCCCAGAAUUCGCAGGCGACGGUCGCGAUCGCGGUCGCGGUCGCCUGUGCGACGCAGGCGGGGGAGAUCUGGGUCGCGGUCGCGGUCGCCGUACGGGCGGGGGAGGUUCGGCGGGUGGCGCGGGCGCGGGAGGGAGGUCAGUCCGGAGCAGCCGACGAGCACAGUGCUCAUCCGCGGCAUCGCGCCGUGGGCUGUGGAGGCAGAUAUCUUCGCGCUGCUGGGCGAGUGGGGUCCAUUGAAGGAGGUGCGCGUGAUCAAGGAGCGCGCCACGGGGUUCAACAAGGGCUUCUGUUUCGUUGACCUUGAGACCGUGGAAGCGGCGAAGGCGCUGGUGGAGGGUGCAAGGGGCAAGGAGCUAAAGAUGGAUGACCGCUUGCUCUUGUUCCACUACAGCAAGCCACUGCAAGGGGCGGAGGACGGGGGCGCGCUUGCGGACAGCAGCUCGGGGAAGCCCCUCGACUGGGUCUGCCCCUCCUGCGGUGUCAAUAACUUUGCGCGCCGCUCCGAGUGCUUCAAGUGUGUGACCCGCAGGCCUGCCAACCCCGUGACUGUGGCUGACAGGGGCGAGGAGAGGGGAGGCAGGGGCGGAGGAGACGAGUGGGGCGGGCGAGGAGACAGGAGGGCGGCGGCGGUUGCUGUGACCAUGGGUCCAGAUGCGUCGAACGUGCUUAUAGUGAGGGGGCUGGACGACAGCGUGCACGAGGAGAGCCUGCGGCAGGAGUUCUCUCAGCACGGCUCCGUGACUGACGUGCGUAUGAUGCGCGACAAGAUCACACUCAAGUCACGUGGAUUCGCCUUUGUGACCCUUGGCUCCGUGGAUCAAGCAACACGCGCCAUGCUCACGUGUCACAACAAGCGACUCUUCAAGGGAGGCCCGGUCAUGCGAGUGGCGUAUGCGCGCGGCCCCAUCCACGGAGUGCCCUCCACGCCUCUUGCUGACGCUGCCACCGCUGCCUAUGCCGCUGUCGCUGGCGGUGGCGCUGCUGAGGAUACUGACGUCAUGGCUCAGAUGGAGGCGUCAGGGUGGAUGCCCAAGGAGUAUGACGAGGGGGCAGCAGGGGGCGAGCAGCAGGCGCAGACGGGCAGUGGUUUCGUGUGGGACGAGGCGUCGGGGUAUUACUAUGACAGCUCCACCAGCUUCUAUUAUGACAGCGCCUCAGACCUCUACUACCACUCGGACUCCCGCCAGUGGUUCCGUUACGAUCCUCCCCCAUAUGACCCGUAUUCAGCUGGUGGCGCCACUGCCCCUGCUGGCUCUGCUGCUAAUGCCCCUCCUGCUGGUGGCGCUGCUGCUGGUGGUGGUGGUGGUGGUGGUGGUGGUGGUGGUGGUAGUGGUGCUGGUGCUGCCCCUGCUGGUCCUGGCCCUUCUCCUCCUGCUCCUAUGCCGCCCACAACUGCUCCUUCCUCCUCCCCUGCUGCUCCUCCUCCUUACAACCCAUACUCGCUUGCUCCCUCCUCUGCUCCCCCCGUCUCCUCUUCCUCUGCUGCACCGCUCACCGCCUCUUCUGCACCCCCCUCCUCGUACGACCCCUUCGCAGCUGCUGCGACCUUGGGGGGAGGAGCAGCGGGAGGAGCGGGAGGAGCGGGAGGAGCGGGAGGAGCGGCGGGGGACGGUGCAUAUGACCCGAUUGCUGCAGCGCUGGAGGCAGGGGGAGGGAUGCCGGACUGGGUCACUGCGCCCAUACCUGCUGCUCCUGCUCCCGCUGGAGCCCCGGCCCCUCUGCCGUACUCGCCUGGCCUCUUGCCUCGCCCUGCUCCUGCCUGGCAGCCACCCCCGCCUCCCAACUACUAG